GUGGAUGACUGCCAGUCCAAUCCAUGUCUAAAUGGAGGCACCUGCAUCGACAAGAUCGACUCAUUUGUCUGCCUCUGUCUGCCCAGCUACGCAGGAGACACCUGUGAGAAGGGUAAGCGAGUGCACACACACUGGUCAACACACGGCGAGAGCAUGGAAACACACACACUACGUAGUCAAUACACACAGCCUAAACAGAGAGAGAGAGAUGGAGAGAGAGGAGAGAGCGAGAGAAAGAGAUGGCGAGAGAGAGAGAGAGAGAGAGAGAGAGAGAGAGAGAGAGAGAGAGAGAGAGAGAGAGAGAGAGAGAGAGAGAGAGAGAGAGAGAGAGAGAGAGAGAAAACGUUUAUCUAAAAUACACAGAGGAGUGGUAUUUACACUUCUCCAAAUUAUACAGGAGAAUGCUUUAAUUGAGCUUUCACUCAAGUCUCACAUUUCCCCAUGAAGCUAGUCCCUUAUGGAAAAUAAUAUCUCAAUUUGUGAUGUUUUGUUUUUGCUACUUCUAUAUGUGUAGCUCUAUAAACGUGUCGACAGUAAAUACCUAGAUACAGUAUCUACAGGGUUCAGGAUGAUGUUGCCUGUCUGCUAUCAGCAGUGGUAGCAGCCGGCUGUGGUCCAGGUCAUCUUGAUCAGUGUUAUGUGCAGUAUCAGCUUACAGCUGUAUCCCUGCAGUAUCACUCACCAGCUAUCAGGCAGUGUAUAUGUACCUGUCACUGUGCUGCAGAGAGCUGGCUGAUAUAUGUACACCAAAACAUACACACAAACAAGUGCAUACACACACACACGCACCUCGCUGGUUUCAGAGUCAGACAGCCGCCUACCACUCCUCAUUUGUCCUCCCCCGUGUGAGCAGAAACACUAAUAGCAAUGAGGAUUAAUGAAUCCAUAACCCUUAGAGUUAUUAAUGAGUCCCCAUAAUGCACAAUAAUGAGUCCUCACCAUGCAGAGAAAGGAACAAUGUGUGCUGAGAAUGGAAAUGCGGGAUCCAUGAUUGCAGGUUUAGUGUUUCAUUCAGUCUCACAGGGUUUUAACACCAUUGAUGUGUGUCCUUGCAGGUCCUGAGAGGCACAAUACUGGAUGAAAGGUGGAAAGGGUAUAAGAAUAAUCUUCUCUCUUUUUGAUCCACCUCUCUCUCUUCUUUUCUCUGUCACCGUCCCUCUAUUCAUCUAUCUUCCUACUCUCCUUUAUCUCUUUCCCUCCCCUACCUUUUUCACUCAAUCCCCUUCUCUCUUCAUUGCCUCCUUUAUCUGUCUUUCUUUGCCCCCUCCCAUCUUCCAUACUCUUACCUCUCUCGCCUGUCCCUCUCUCCUCCCUCCAUGCCUCCCCCUCUCUCCUUUCUCCCUCUACUCUUAGAUGUUGAGGGUUGUGACCAUGGAUGGAGAAAGUUCCAUGGCCACUGCUACAGGUACGUGAGAAAAGAAGACCUUUCUACAAACCUUGCCUCUAAACAUGAAUCUCAAAAUCAAAUCAACGUUUAUUUGUCAUAUACACAGGAUACAACGGGGUGUAAACAGUGCAAUGAAAUGCUUACUUGCGUGCUACCUGUCAUCAGUGCAGUAAAAUAUAAAAGUACAAAAUAAUAAUAACAAUAACACAAUAUCUCCUUGUAUAAUAUCUCCUUGUAUGUUAUUCUAUUGAUAUGACAUCUACCUGUUUCUCCACUUCAGGUACUUCUCUCACAGACACACCUGGGAGGAAGCAGAGAAGGACUGCAGAGAGCACAGCGCCCACCUGAGUAGUAUCAUCUCAGUCACAGAGCAGGAGUUCAUCAACGGUCUGGGCCAUGAUAACGCCUGGAUUGGCCUGAAUGAUCGCACCGUGGAGGAGGACUUCCAAUGGACUGAUGUCAAUGACCUGGUUAGAUUCGAUAUUCCUCUCUGUCAAUAAAAUGUCAAAUUAUGCUCAGUUGGUGAAUAUACAGUAUGUGAUUUAUACCUGUACUUGAUCCUCACAGUUGGAAUAAUGUGUGUAAAGUAUAUCUACAGAUGUACGUAUAACUGGGUGAUUAUUAUUAGUAACAGGUUUAAGGCCAAUUUAGCAUGACUACAGUAUAAUAGAAUAUGAUUACAAUGUAACAUAAUUGUGUUGUAUUGUGUAGGUAUAUGAGAACUGGAGAGAGAGCCAGCCUGAUAACUUCUUUGCGGGCGGAGAGGAUUGUGUGGUGACCAUCGCCCAUGAGGACGGCAAGUGGAACGAUGUGCCCUGCAACUAUAACCUGCCCUACAUCUGCAAAAAAGGCACAGGUAGGAUCACAGUACCUAACAUAGCACCUGUACAACUAGCUCCAUGUCUACAAGAAAGGCACAGGGAAAACAACAAUGAUGCAUUUACAUGGCAAUAACGUCCUCAAAAAGUGUUUUCAAAACGGUGGGUUCCUACUGGAUAGCGGCAUUAGACUGGGCUGUGGCUAGAAACAGGAUGUUAUGUUCAUUUGAAAGAGCACAAGAACAUUCAAAAGGCUUUAGUUGAGUCAUCAUGGCAAAUAACGAUUUUGGAAAUACUGUUUCAUAUUAUGUUCCAAAACCUUCAAUUUACUCUACAAAGCCUUGUAUCCUCUGGUGACUGUUCUGUUUUGUCAAUAGAAUGUCAGUGGCAAUGAAACGCACUGACAUGACAUCAGCCCUGAGUAUAAGGAGCACAAGGACAGUUUUAUCAACUGAAAAUGCCAGAAGAAAUAUGGCCUUUUGGUAAAACGUGUCAAUUUAUUAUUUAGUUCAACAGGUUAUUAUUGACUAGCACCAGACACAUUGUCAUACAUCAGUUUUUUUGCCUUAUCGACAGACAGAAGAGAGUGCUAUUUCUAAAGCACUGAAAUUCCCCUAGAAACAACCCAAUUAAUAUGCAGGCUGUCAAACCUCAAUAGGCAGCAGUGUGACAAGCGGUGGUGGUGCACAAUGCUGUCUUUUUCCGUUAAGGGCUUGAUUCAAUCAUAUCCGCUUUAGCCAACAUCAAUAUAGCGGUUAUUUUUGGCGGUGUUGGAGGUGGAACUGUGUUAGAGCUGUAAAAUCCACAAGCGGCUCCUGACAUUAUACCUAAAGUGGACAUUGCCAUUGGCUGCACGGAGUCAAUCCCAUGCAGCCUUCUUUACAAGUUAGAACACUGGAAUGUGAGAUGUAAUCUACACCUCAAUUAGGAUGAUAGAAAUUCCUCAUUAUUUCAUUGAAUGAUUUUUCAAUUUGAGCAUAAUUAUUUAUUUGUAGCCUACACUCUCUUGUUCUGAACUUCUAACUGGAGUGGGGCGGGUGUGGCUUCGUGACAAUGACCACAAGGGCAGCUGCUCACUGAUUUGACGGCUCCAACGCAGUUCCACCUCCGACACCGCCAAAACAUCCGAUAUGCAGAUGUCUGCUAUCACCAGUUAACGGUUUAACUGAUUUAAUCUAGGCCUAAAUGUGUGAAAAGAAGCUUGUGUAUAAAGCUCCAAACUUGCUGACAUAACACACAGAAGUCUGAAUCGCAUUUUCUUUUUUUUUACUCCCAGUUGAUCUUAACAGAAACCUCCUUCUCUCUCUGUUCGCAUUUUAUCUCACCCUACGAAUAAUUACUUGGGCUACAAAGCCACCAUUUGCCAUCUUGUAUAAAGCUGGCAUUAAAUUGCCAGUGACUGUUUUGCCUUCAGAUCUGCUCCUGAAAUCCCAAAAUGCAUCUCUUUGUUACCCUGAUGUAAUUUUGACACUGUGGAAUGAGACCUAGAGCAAGGAUUUAUGGGAUAGCCUGAAGCCUAGCUCCUUUAAUAGAAAUAGAGAGAGAGAGAGAGAGAGAGAGAGAGAGAGAGACAGAGACUUUGUUGCUCGAGACUGACUUUAUUGUUAUUGUCGGCCCGUCUGACAGUGCUGUGUGGAACCCCACCCGCCAUGGAGAACACCCAUCUGAUUGGCCGUCGGCGGUCCCACUAUGACAUACAUGCGGUUGUGCGUUACCAGUGUGCCGAAGGUUUCUACCAGCGCCACAUCCCCACCUCGCGUUGCCGGGCCGACGGCACCUGGGACCGGCCCAAGAUCAUCUGCACAAAGUGUGAGUGACAAACACCAGAUUUUGUUAUAAAAAAAUCCACAUUUGUUAUGUUAUGCAACCUUUUUUGGAUAACAAACAUUUAUUCACCCAGGUAAGCCAUUUAACAUCUGUUUAUUCACUCUAAUAUGGGCUCUAUAAGAAACAGAAUGGUAAAUGUUGUCACUGCACCAAUUUUGUGUUCCCCUACCUUAGCUCAGCGAUCCCACCGGUACCGCCGCAACCACCACCACGGCCAGCGCCGGGAGCGCAGGAACCACAGGAGACAUAGAGGAGAGGCACACAGGGAGAGGGAAGAGGACACACACAGCCACUAC